AUGGACCCCAACGACAGCGACAUCGCCACUCCACUGACGAGCUAUCCAGCAUCGAGCGCUUCAAGGCCAUCUUCGGUCUCGUCCGCUCCGUCUCUGACAGCAGCAUACGACGAUCAGUCAAAGCCAGUACUUCCAGGAGCUCCUACGUCUUCGCUCUUUGAGAUUCGUGAUACUCCAACGGCUGGUCGCGCCGUUUUCGCCACCCAACACAUCGACAAGAACACUUUGCUAUUGCGUGCAGACGAUCUUACGCUCUCGGUUCUUCUCCGAGAGUAUAGGCGUGAAGUCUGUGGCCAGUGCUUUACUUACGAUUACGGCAGAGACCUGAGCAUUCGAGACCAAGCCGUGGGAUUUGCAUUCUGCUCAAGUGAAUGUCGCGCAAAGUGGCAGAAAGAGACUGGUGAAGUAGGAGUCCAGGCCUGGACUGAGGUAGAGAAACUAGUCAAGAAGAGAAGCAAAGAGGACAAUGACAUGGUGGAUAUUGACUUACCAAGACCGGAUGCAAAGGAGAUUACCCAGGCGUGGGAAGACACCCAUGCACAAGCGGAGCUGAUACGCACAGCGAGAAUGGCGGAACUGGCCGGCAACGUCCAGGACAAGAAUGGGCAGCAGGGUCUGACAGAGAACGGCAAGAACAUCGGACUGGUCACGAAGCAACAACGCAAAGCCAUCUUGAAAGCACUUCAACAGCCUAUACAGGCAGAUGUCAUGAGCUUCUGCGUUGGCGGUAUUAUUGCUCGGUACAACAGUCCCCAGAGAUGGGAGAACUUGCUCUCGUUGGCGAUCCACUCAUCGCCUUACCGCAGCACUGACGACCUGCGCGCGUUUACCCGAACCUACCUGCAUUUGCUUUCGAUUCUUCCUUUGCCCCUGCUGUCCCUGACAACGCCAGAGACGCUCUUCCUCAUCUCCUCACGCGACAGCCACAACUCAUUCGGUAUCCGUUCAUUAGAGGAUGAAGGAUCCGAGUUCUUCGGAUACGGUUGCUGGCCCUCGGCCAGUUACUUCAACCAUUCUUGUGGCCCGAACAUUGAGAAGGUCAGGGACGGCAGGGCGUGGGAGUUCAGGGCUGGAAAGGAUAUCGAAAUGGGAGAAGAAAUAAACAUUACAUAUUUGGGUGGAGAAGAGCGGAACUUGUCAAGAGACAAGAGAAUGUUUACUUUAAAGAGGAAUUGGGGUUUUGAUUGCGGGUGCAAGAGGUGUAGGGAGCUGUAA